AUGGAGGAGCCGCGGCUGCCCGCCCCCAUCAACCCCAACAACUUCCCGGCCAAGCUGUGGCGGCUGGUGAACAGCCCGCGCUUCCGCUCCAUCCGCUGGGACGCCCGCGGCGAGGGGCUGCUCAUCGACCAGCCGCUCUUCGAGUGCGAGCUGCUGGGCGCGGCGCCGGGCCGGGCCGCGGGGCUGGCCGGCGAUGGGGCGGUGGGAGCCGCCGACCUCUUCAAGACCAAGAACUUCACCAGCUUCAUCCGACAGCUCAACCUCUACGGCUUCCGCAAGGUGGUGAUGGGGCCGGUGGGCGGCAUGGCAGGGCCCGGGCCAGGCCCGGCGGCUGGCGAUGACGGCGGCUCUGCCGGGCUCCUGCACCACUUCCACAGCCCCCACUUUCGCCGUGACCGCCCUGACCUCCUCGUCCACCUGAAGCGCCUGACGAGCGCCAACAAGGCGAAGCUGGCGGCUGGCCUGGAGGUGACCAGCCGCCCGCCCAACCGCUUCCAGCGGCUGCUCGGCACGUCGCUGCACAUGGACCCGCUGCUGCCACCCUCGACGCUCAGCAAGGCUGACAGGCCCGGACUGCUGACUGUAGGACAGUUUCAUCAACCUUAUCAUCGAGACAGUUUCUUUCCUUACUCCUACAUAUCGACCUCAUCCCAGAACCACGGCACUUUACCGACAAAAAGUUUAGAUUGGACUCCAGUUCCUUCCAGAACAUGGCAGGGUUCUGUUGGGUUGCUUCCAAAGCAUGAGGCUUCCCCACCUUUUCCAGAUAAAGGGGUUGCCUUUCCGGUACUCCAAAGGUUUCCAACAGAGGUCACGUACACGCUCCAGCCUGUUGCCUCUCCUCUGCCGCUUCAGCAAGGGUCUCAAACCAUUGCCACUUCCCUUCCAAAAUACAGCAGCUACGCAUCUUCAAUGCAGUACUCACAAGCCUGCUAUCCAACAGCUGCACUGCAGUGUUGUUCACCUGCCCACAUAGAUCCUCUGACUGGCUGUGCUAGUCCUACAGCUUCGACGUACACCCACUGCAGCUUUCUCCAGAGUCCUCCAAUGCAGUCACCUUAUGCAGCUGAACUUCUGCCCUCUAACUGGCCACGUAAUACGUCUGAUGAAAACAAGAAGACAGAAAUAAAUCUUGAAGCUGUGUUUCAGAUUGUUGAUGAGAUGCGUUCAUCACCCAAAGCUGAAAUGGUGAAAGUGGAACCUGUGGAGAGCCAGUGUUCAACCCCUCAGUCUAACAGAGGUCAACCACUGCUGGUUAAUAGUGAGAAUAGUGAUACACCUUCUUCAACUGAGGAAAGCCAGCUGGAACCUCUUACUCCUGUAGCUUCAGACACAUCAUUUGUGAUGGGAGCAGAUCAAGCAGUAACCUGUUCUCCAUCACAGCCUUCUGAAUUUCUUUGUGCUACCCAUACCACUGCGUCUGUAGAAAGUGCUGCUGCUGAAAUAGUGCAAGAAUCUGUGACCACACAGGAAGCACGUGAAAAACAGAGAGAACAACCAGAUCACUGCCUGACUCAAUCCUCUGUAAUGUUUGUUCAGGAAGGAUCGUUCAGUCCAGAGCAGGAGAAUACUAGUGUUAAAUGUGAAUCCAGUAUGUCAGAGACAGAAGAGAGACAAUUCACUUCAGGAACUGAGCCUGUGAACAAAUCUGUAGAAGAGGCAGAUUCAUCUGUAAAACCUAGAUGCAGGAAAAGAGAGAGUUCACACAAGGGCAAGUCCCCUGAUCUCCAUCUGCUGGUAGAUGUGGCUUGCAAGCAGGGGUACUUUCUGAAGGAAGAAACAAGAGAGUGAG